AUGUUGGACGAGCUAGACAAUGUCUUCGACGACCAUCCGUCGUUGGAUGCGUCGCUCGAAGACUUUGAGAAUCACAGCAAUGCGCACCGCUCUCCGCUGUUCGGCAUGCCCUCACAGCACUCGGGCUUUCGAUCCGAGGAAUCCGACGAUGAGGUCGAGGAAGGACCGGGCGCAACCGAGCGCUGGUCGCCACCCGGCGUGCCUGGCGUGCGCCGACAGGACUAUGUCCGCAGUAGUGGCUGGUACCGUCAUCAACCCUAUCAGCGCAAAAGCAAUUUAAAUGAGCGUCUAGAGCUGCGACCAACUAUGGGCCUGAGCAUAUCGCCGUCGCUGUCGCGUGAAGCGAGCCCACAGUAUGAGGAUGCGCUCGAGGACCCGAGCAAGGGCAAGUCAAAUGAUAACACUGAUCCGGCUGAUCUCACGGCCGCAGCCAACGUGCCUCUCCCGGUGGGUGCAGGAACCCCACAGACCGGACGAUCCCCAAGCCCCUGCCUACCGCAGACCAAAGCGGCGCAUACCCAUGCCGAGGAGGAGGGGACGGGCUUUGGACCGGAGAAUCUCAAUAUCCGUUUUGCAGUGCGCGCUGAAGUCCAGCAUCGUGAACCCAUUGCAGCCCUUUGCAGCUACAUGCGCAACAAGUUCGAUCGCAUUACCAGCACCAAAUCCAAUACCACGCUGUCGAUCGUGGUCUUCUUGCUUUCCAUUGCAUUCAUGCGUGCCUUGUUCCUGCCGGGUCUGCCACAGGCCAUCCCGGAUUUGGUGAAACUUUCUGGAUUUGCGCGAUCAUUUGAGCCGCUGAUCUACUAUUCGGAAAACGGAGUUCAGCAAAUAGGUACCCUGCAAGAGACAGGUGUGGCCGUCUGGGAUCUGAGCGAGUCGGUGCGCGGGACCAACAUGACCAGCGCGCCUAUCAUCGUGGGCCAGCUCGAUGAACUAUCAGAUUCCCUCAAGUCGCUCUCCCUAGAGCUGACUCGAUUCUUUGCGAAUGUUGACUCGGAUAUCGACUCAAUUCUGAUUGUAAUGGACUGGGCCAAACGAGAACUCGAAACGCUUUCCGCCCAACCGCCUAGCACCCUACCGACAAUUGUCUUCGAUAACGUUCACAACAUGUUAUCCCGCCUCGGUGCCUUGGAACGUACCGGCGAGGUCUCAGACGGCAGUGUCUCAGCAACAACGACAACCACCGCAUUCGGUCACGUCGUUAUGGCGGUCCUAGGCCCAACAUCAGCCCAGCGCACCCGCGCCACCAUCACGCGCACAUUCACCGAGUUCCUAUCCGUAUUAGAAGAGUCCAUCAACAGCGAACUUACUCACUCCACCGCCCUCUUCGCCCUCUUCGAGUCAAUCGACCGCCAAUUCCUCAACUUACAACGCACCGUGGUGCGCGAGUCCGACGCCCAAGAGCGCGCCGAGGGCGAAAUGCUUAGUUCCCUCUGGACCCGCGUCCUCGGCCCGGACGCAGUCGCCGUCCGCAAAUACGAAAAGAACAAACGUCUCCUUGCCAACGUUCGCAGCCGAACCGUUGCAAAUAAACAUCUCCUCGUCGACCACCGUGGUCGUCUGCUGACAUUAAAGGUCAACUUGGAGACUCUGCGGCGGAAGCUGGUGAGUCCGCUCGUGCGCCGCAACGACUCUGUCAGCUUCAUGGGCGUGGACGGCAGUUCGGCCGGUGCUGCUAGCUCCGGUGCUGCAGGUCGCAUGCUUGGACCCGUUGAAUCUGUCAUUGAAGGCCAGAUUCGGGGUUUGGAGGGGACAUACGAUUACCUGCGGUCUGUCCGUGAACGACAGAAAGCAAAGCUUAUGGAGAUGGUGUAUGGCGCUGGCCGAAAGCCGUCCCGAUCCAUGUUUGGCGAGGUAGAUGGACAGGAUGACCUUGGUAUUGAUGGGCAAUAG